CGGGAACCUUACAAUUCGGUAAUAUAACAUUAUCAGCUUUACAUGAAGCAGGAAUAACUUUUGCAUCGAGAAAAAACACAUGAUAAACAAUAAUAAUAUCGACUGAAACAAGAUGACACAAGUGAUGGAUCCCUUGUUAGCUUCGACUAACGUUAACCUUCAAAGCAGUUCGAGCCUACUGUCGAAAUACGAAGUAGAACAGUUAGAUUUGGCGACGAUGUGGCAAGAUGUUGAGAGCUUCUUGUACGCUGAGGGUACUGAUGGUGCCGCACUACAGAACAACAGUGGUCUUCCAAGUCCGGGCUUAUCUACCUGUAGCAGCCCCUUAUCACCAAGCAGUACUGUUACGUCUCUCAACAGCCCACACUCUCCUUCUUCCGUCAGUACGAGCUCCAACAUGGGAGAUGCUUAUGAUGAUUUGCUUGAUCUUGACUUUAUCUUGGAGAAGAGUCUUUACCCUGAAGACAAUCAGAUCAUCAAACCAGAGAACAUAAAGCAAGAGGUGAUGGAGAACAAUUCACUAUGCUCGCAAGGUGCCAGCUUAGCGUGUUCACCCGACAGAAAAAUGCUUCAAUUGCCAGACUUUACUUCUGCCUUCAUAGACAUUCCCGACAUCAAGUAUGAAGGUGACGAAAUGCCAUUUAUUAAACAAGAGUUCCAAGCCAUGCCUUCACCAUGUGCCAACUACAACGCAAACAUGACAAUCAUUCCCAACUCAACGCCAUUCAAUCCAAACAUGCUCAUGGGGCACACUACUCCCCCAGCGUCCCCAAACAAUACAAGUAACCUACCCAUAGACAUGUCACAAAUGGUACCACAGAUGACCCUGCCGCCACAUCUCAUAUCUAAAAUGCGUCAACAAGCACACGUUGGUCAACAUUUAGGACAUUUCACUCAGCAAAUGAUAACACCUCCAUCCUCCCCACAGCUUAUAGACUUAUUGCACGGUGUGCAACCAAAGAAACGUGGUCGACGUACGUGGGGUCGUAAGCGUCAAACUACACAUACAUGUUCGUACGAUGGUUGUAGCAAAACAUACACAAAAAGCUCCCAUUUGAAGGCACAUAUGCGAACACAUACGGGAGAAAAGCCAUACCAUUGCAACUGGAAAGGAUGUGGUUGGAAAUUCGCACGCUCUGAUGAACUUACACGACAUUACCGCAAACAUACGGGAGAUCGGCCGUUCCAAUGCCAACUCUGUGAGCGAGCCUUCUCCCGCAGUGAUCACCUUUCACUUCACAUGAAACGUCAUGUAUGAACUUGUUGAAAUCGUCCAUGCAAAUUGGAUCAAUUCAUUGAAUAAUGUGCGCAAUUUAUUUUUGAUAAUCGUAGCAAUGUUUAACAUGGUAACAUGUAUUCAGCCAUAUACGUUAUCAAGUUUUUGUAUAAUUGUGUACCCCUAGUUGCAUUUUGAGAUAUUUGUCCAAAUGCAACUUACAAUGAAGCUUGUGAUGUCCGAGAUCACGUUAAUGAUGACAGUGUGCAAAAUGAACACCUUUGCAAAUUCUGUUAUUGUUAGCUGAUACGGAUGGAAACUUUGUGAAUUAUUGUUUUGUACAAUGUUCGUUUAACAGUUCUUUUCAAGUUUAUAUGUGUCAUAUUGACCUCUAAACUAUGAAACUAUGCAAUAUUAAAGAUGUGCAUUAUGUGGUACUUUUGGUGUCCAACCUUCUGGUGCUCAAGUCAAUAAACAUGACAUGUAGUAGUUAGGAAUUUUGGUUGUCACUAAAUAAUUUGAUAUGCAAGUGCUGAAGUGCAAUCACGUCGAAUGUCUGUGUUGGUUUGUUUGUAAAAAUGAAAACGUGCUUUUUA